AUGUCGAAGAAAAGGACCCUGGACAGCUUCUUCAAGCCCUUGUCGCAGCACCACGUCGCACCCCCGCCGCUCACUGGCCAGCCGUGCCCGCCAACAAACACCACCAAGAAACAACGCGCCAACCUUGCCAUCGCCAGCCCGGACGAGCCGCCGUCGUGCCAUCCAACGUACCCUCUUCCAAUUCCCCGCCUGCCCGCCUCCAUCCUCUCCGCUCUUGGCGCGUCCCCCUCCGCCCUGGCCAACCCCAACAUCACCUGCCCCGCCUCCAUCGGCCGCCCCAUCAGUGACCAACCGCACCUGGACCUUGUGUACUAUGACCCUUUCCUGCCCCGUUCUGCCGCCAAUGCUCUCUUUGCAUUUCUGCGCACCUCCCUCCCCUUCUACCGCGUCCGCUAUCGCAUCCAACGGGGCGGCGUCGACGCGCAGAUCAACACGCCGCGGUACACGACCGUCUUCGGCGUCGACGAGUCCUCCCGCUUCGAGGCCCCCUCCGGCCUCGUGGUCGAACGGGACUCGGGCAAGCCGGUGGCGAGAGACCGGUAUGGAUGCCGGCCCCGGCCGAUGCCCGAUUGUCUGGAUAGGCUGAGGGCGGCCGUGGAGAGGGAGACUGGUGAGACUUUCAACUUCUGUCUGGUGAAUUACUACGCGAGCGGGGAUGACAGCAUCUCGUAUCAUAGCGACGACGAGAGGUUCCUAGGGAAAGACCCGGCCAUUGCCUCGUUGUCGCUGGGCGCUACAAGGGAUUUCUGCAUGAAGAGGAAGCCGCCGCCGAAGGGAAAGGUCGAGGAAAGCAAUGACAAGAGCGGGAAAGUGGCAGAGAAGCCGUUGAAGCUGCCGAUCGGCAGCGGGGACAUGGUCCUCAUGCGUGGAAGCACUCAGGCGAAUUGGUUGCACAGCGUACCGAAGAGGAAAGGGGGGGAGAGUGGGAAGGGAAGAAUCAACAUUACGUUCAGAAAAGCGAUGGUGAGAGGGGGGACCGAGAACUAUUACCAGUACAAUGUCGGAGAUGGACCGGUGUACAGGUGGGAUGAGGCGAGGGGGGAAAUGGCGGUUUGGGAGCCGGCCAAGAAGUCGGGAUUUUGA